UGUGAAUUGUCAUCUCCCCCACAUUUAGAUCUCUCCUCAUCCACACCCUCCACACUGUGUUUGUGCGUGUUUCUUGAUUCAGACAUGGUCUCCAACUCCAAUCACUUGCUCCUUGAAGAGCCCCUCAGAAUGGCCUCCAUUCUUGAGCCCAGCAAACCUAACUUCUUCCCAGCAUUGACAAAGAUUGUUGGAACGCUGGGCCCCAAAUCAAGAUCGGUGGAGGCCAUCUCCGGCUGCCUCCAAGCUGGGAUGUCUGUUGCUCGCUUCGAUUUCUCGUGGGGUGAUGCUGAAUUUCAUCAGGAGUCAUUGGACAAUUUGAGAGUGGCUAUCAAGAGCACCAAAAAGCUCUGUGCUCUCAUGCUCGACACCGUGGGCCCGGAGCUGCAAGUUGUCAACAAGACUGAGCAUCCUAUUUCCCUCGAGGAAAAUUCCACAGUCAUUCUAACACCUGAUCAAGACAAGGAAGCCACUCCCAAUUUGCUUCCCAUUAAUUUCACCGGCUUAUCCGAGGCAGUGAAGAUGGGGGAUACUAUUUUUAUCGGUCAAUAUCUGUUUACAGGAAGUGAAACUACCUCGGUCUGGCUUGAGGUUACAGAGGUGAAAGGGAAGGAUGUGGUUUGUUUGAUCAAGAACUCUGCAACCUUGGCUGGAUCGUUGUACACUCUGCACGUAUCUCAGAUUCGGAUCGAGCUUCCUACUCUGACAGACAAAGAUAAGGAGGUGAUACGCACUUGGGGCAUUCGCAACAACAUAGACUUCCUUUCACUCUCAUACACAAGGUGUGCUGAAGACAUCAGGCUUGCACGGGAGUUUCUCUCUACGUUGGGUGAUCUCAACCAGACUCUGAUCUUUGCAAAGAUCGACAAUGUGGAGGGGAUGACUCACUUUGAUGAGAUCCUUGAAGCAGCCGAUGGGAUCAUUCUCUCUCGAGGGAAUCUUGGGAUCGAUCUCCCACCAGAGAAGGUGUUUAUGUUUCAGAAGGAAGCUGUUCACAAGUGCAACAUGGCAGGGAAGCCUGCAGUGGUGACUCGUGUCGUGGACAGUAUGGCUGACAACUUGAGGCCUACUCGUGCAGAGGCGACUGAUGUCGCCAAUGCUGUAUUGGACGGAAGUGAUGCAAUCCUGCUAGGAGCAGAAACACUGAGGGGGCUAUACCCAGUGGAGACUAUAUCGGUUGUUCGUAAGAUUUGUGCUGAGGCAGAAAAGGUAUACAAUCAGGAUCUGUAUUUCAAGAAGACAGUCAAGUUUGUUGGAGAACCCAUGAGUCACCUUGAAUCAAUUGCCUCUUCUGCUGUUCGAGCUGCCAUCAAGGUGAAGGCAUCAGUCAUUAUCUGCUUCACUUCCUCAGGAAGAGCUGCUAGGUUGUUAGCUAAGUACAGACCUACAAUGCCUGUAAUAUCUGUUGUGAUUCCACGAGUGAAGACGAAUCAGCUCCGGUGGACCUUUACUGGAGCUUUCGAGGCUAGGCAAUCUUUGAUAGUCAGAGGCCUCUUCCCAAUGCUUGCAGAUCCCAGACAUCCGUCGGAGUCGACCAGUGCAACGAGUGAGUCAAUCCUCAAGGUUGCUCUGGAACAUGGCAAGGCCUCAGGCCUUAUACAAACGCAUGACCGUGUUGUCGUCUUCCAGAAAAUUGGUGAUGCAUCUGUUGUCAAGAUCAUUGAGCUUGACCAAUAGACAAGCUAAUUGUGCAUCUGAAUAAAAUGGGACUCUUAUAUGUAAGAGGGAUUUUGGGAUUUUGCACAUGCUGUCCUAAUCAGUAAUAAAGUUGAGGUGCUCAACACUGUUCAACCAAGAUAAGAGUUCCCUUUUCUAUGUCAAAACUGUGUGAAAGCCCACAAUGACAAUGAAAUCACGUUAAAUCUAAUACUAUGAAACACUUCAUUUUA